AUGGCUUUAGAAGGUGGUUCUGUUGGGAAAUCAUAUCGCCGGCCAUGGACAACUAGGCAUAAAUCUGUCGAAGAGGUCCUCAAGCGAGGAGCUGAUCCGAAUUGUCCCAGUGAUGACGAAUUCCUUCUCGGAUUAAACCUUGGGCGCAUUCCCAUACUGUUCGUCGCUAUUUGUGGUUCCAGUUCGGUUUGCUGUCAAAUGUUGCGGGGUGCGACUGGAUGGAUGCACCGCGCAUACGAAGAUUUCUUACAAAGAGAAAACGUCAAGAAUGUUCAGCUUUUGCUCAAAUACGGAGCUGAUCCAAAUACCCACAUAUCCGACAAAACAUCGGCACUUCAUCUGACUGUCUCCCUGUGCACAUCCAUGGGCAAGCCAUAUAUUGUAAGAGAAUUGAUUAAAUAUGGCGCCGAUGCAAACGCAAUUGGACCCCAUAGACAAACGCCUCUCCACAUGGCCCUUUGUCGAAAUAAGUGUCCUUUCUCCCACAGUCCUUGCAAAACUACGAUCAAAGCGCUUCUUCAAGCUCCAGGUAUUGACCUCAACCUGCGUGGCGAGAAUGGCUGUACGCCCUUGAGCAUUGCUGCCAGCGUUACCAGGGCCACCUCUGCUUGGUUUGUGAAAGAGGUGCUGAUAUCAAUUCCCAAGACAUUGACGGGAAAACGGCACUUUAUCGCUCGGAAUUUUGCAGUUGCCGAACUGUUGCUGUCACAAAGUCACAUCAACCCGAAUCUCAAUCCUACGUACUUGCCCUUGUUUUUCGCCGUUUCGCAUAACAUGACAGCGAUGGUGGAGAGAUUGCUAAGUACAAAGGCAACCGACCCAAGCCGGAAAGAUAGCAAUGGGCGUUUUGCCUUGACAUUGCCAACUUCGGGGGAGAUAAUCAGGCUACUCGUCCAAGCUAGUGCCGAGCUGGACAUCCCAGAUAGCACGGCUUUGGUUACAUUUAUUGCGCAGAACUAUGACACUAGGUCCACACUCACAAGAUCUGCUACUCAAUCGGACAAUGAUAAUGCCUGA